AUGGCUCAAGUACUUCGCUCAGGAAAGUCGUUUGGUGUUGGCAGUUUUGGAGUACGCCAACUUGCCUAUGACUGUUGUACUAACCGAUGUUCUGCGUCCGUACUAGCUUUAUAUUGUAAGGAUGAGGUCAAAGAUGGAACAUGGUGUGAGUUUAUUCGGGACGCUACAACCUAUUUUCCUGAUUUAACAAAUUAAAAUAUAAUCAAUAAAAUGUAUUUUUGAAGUGUGUAAAAUAUUUUAUAUCUAGUUCACUGACACCUUACAUAAUCAUCGGAUCUAUGGUCUGGUAUGAUUUUUACCAGAAUCAUACCAUUAAAUAAAGAAACGCUCAAAAAAUUAAAAUUCUUUGUUUAUAGUAAAAAAAAACACCAACAUUUUCUAACUUUUUUUUCUUGGAAUUAAAUGACUGCAGAUAUUUCAAGGCGGCUCGUUCGCCGAUCAACAGAUGUUGCUCAUUUAUUUUACAAUACCAUAAUUUCCUAUACUGAUUCACAUUAAUUUAAAUAUUUCCACUUUUGGUUUUUCAGUUUCUACUGUACACAUUACUACAUUUAAAUCUGUUGAACUUCUUAUCAAUACGAGUUCUUGGCGUAUGUUAAUUAGAAUUUUGAUGAAAUCUUCAAAAAACCCAAGUACAAGUUUGAGUGGAAGGCAAACAUUAAAAUUUCCUGAUUUAUCAGCAACAGUUGGUGUGUCAGUAAUACUCCAACCUAUACAGUUGUAUCGAUUAGAUUCAGUUUGUGUGAACGAAGCAUAGUUUUUAAUUGUCGUUGUUAUACCUACAUUUCUCACUCCAUCUAUUACACAGCCUCCAAUUUCAUAUCGUAUUUCAUCAAAUAAAUGCAUCAAACCAUUAUUAACAAAGUGCAAAGUAUUGCUUUCUUUCCCAUCAUUCGUUAAACGUCCUGCAAUAUAUAGAUAACUCUCAGAAGGUAGCGUGUAUAUAUCUUGAGUUUGAAUUGGUACUCAUAUUUCAUCACAGUGAUUAAAAGUUGCAUUAGCAUAGCGUCGCUGUUACUGCAAUAGGUCGUAUGUCAAAAUUAUUCACUUUUCAGUUUAAUGCAUAUUCCUAACCAAAAUCAUCAGUUCUAGCAUACUGCAAAACCUCAUACGUGAAUACCGCAUAUUAAUGGAGCGCGCGCACCUAACUAAUAUGUCUUAUGCAGUGAUGGUCUGUAAUUGGUUACCGCAAACAGACGUAUGUCAAACAUCUGCGAAGGAGGCGUCACGUUGGCUUGUUUCUUACGUAUGUUUGUUCAUUCUGAAGCAAAAAUAUACUAGUAGUAUAUGUGUUGAAUGUUUUAAAAGCUCUUAUGAUUUAGUGAUAGAAGGUAAGCCACUCAUUUACCAUUAUUUCACAUCACUUUUUGCUUGUGAUUAAAAAUUAGAUAUCCUAACCUAAAAAAUCUAGCCUAAUGUUCAAAUUGAUAUCAAUUAGAGAAUAAACAUGAUAAUGAUAUGGUCGUACUGAUGAAGUAUAGAUAUCUAUAGAUAAUAAUAUUCUAUGUGAAAAUCUUCAUAAACAAUCAUUAUUUGAUCAGAUUUAUUGACAUAAGAGCAAUUGUCAUCCAACUUGAAGUACACUAAUUUGACAUACGAUCUAUUGUGAAUUCUUUUUUGUUGCAGAUUCAGUAACAAUAUGUAUUCAGGAAAUGGAAGUAGACGCAUGGUACAACUGUCUCUCCAAGCAGAAGGAAUAGAAGAAACAUCCGACACUCCAGAUCCUGAAGAUAACAUAAAUAUUUCGACGAGCAUGACAAACCAAGUUAUUUUUUGCAGUACAGAGAGCGACAACUGCGACAAGUCAGAUUUGGUUCAAGAUUCCUCUACAAUUAUACCGAACGAAAACCUAUUAAUAUCUGGAACUAGCGUUCAGGAGAGAAGGAUUUUGAGUAACAGCUAUUAUGGCGAGUCCAUCCAAGAUAACACUGAGGUUCAAGAGGAAUCUGCAUCUGAUACCGAAAACCCCUUUGAGGAUUCUGGGUCCGAAUACCAACCGUCAAAUGAUGAAGAUAGUGAUGAAAAUAUCAAAAAUGAAGAUGCACCUAUUCGAAUGGAAAAACAGAAUCAUGAUUCAAAUAACAAAAACGAUGGUCGAAAAGGCAACAAAAGAAAAAGUAAACGCCAAGGUAUUCCUAAAUUAUGGAAAAGAAAUAAAUAUGCAGAUUUAAGACUUCAUGGAAAGGUUUAUACGGGGUUCAAGAAAAAUAUUGAUGGAGUUUUACAAGCAGAAUGUUUUAAAAAAGGAGCGAAAGAUAGGGCCUAAAUGUAACGGACACCGACCAAUACCUGAAAAAAAAGGGAAAAGGAGGACCAAGGCAAACUUUCCAAUGUUGUGAAAUAACUGACACUCAGAGGCAAAAUCUAUUCGACGACUUUUGGAAUCUAAAUUCUUGGGAAGCAAAAAAAACAUUUCUAAGGGGACUAGUUCUUCCAGUAACACCUAAAUAUAGACGCGCAACAACAGACAAAGUAAAACUGAAGAAGGUUAGUUUGAAAUACUAUUUGAUUGUAAGCGACGGAGAAGAUGAUUCAAUCCAAAAUACUAAAUCUAAAAAACAAGUUUGCAAAGCCAUGUUUUUAUCGACAUUAGAUAUUGGCGAAAAAAACAGUACAGAACUGGAUAACGGAAAACAACCAGGAUCAUCUAGACAAUAAUACUAGCACACAGAAAUCAGAAGAGCACAAUCGAGGCGGUUCAAAAGACGUUGAAGAGUUUCUUUCAAAUUUACCACACUUAGAGUCUCAUUACUGUAGAAGUUCAACGACAAAGCUAUACUUAGAACCAGUAUGGGAUAGCUACAGACAUGUCUAUAGGAUUUAUCAAGAUAAGUGUCGGGAUGCAGACAAAAAUUCAGCAUCAUGGACAACUUUUUUCAAAGUAUUCAAAAAGUUAAAUUUAUAAAUAUGGACACCAAAGAAAGAUCAGUGCAAUACAUGCUCAGGCUACAAGUGUGGAUCCAUAUUGGAAGAAGUUUACCAGGCUCACCUACUUAGGAAAUCGGAAGCUCGACAGGCAAAAGAAAAUGACAAAACUGAGUGCCAAGAAAAUGAGAGUAUUUUAGUUUUUGCAGUAGAUCUGCAAGCAGUGCUUCUAGCUCCUCGACUAAAUACGGCAGCAAACUACUACAAAACAAAGUUAAAGGUGCAUAACUGGACUUACUAUGACCUAAAAAAUAAGACAGUUACUUGCUUUGUAUGGCACGAGGGCCAAGGAGGUCUUGAAAGUGAUAUUUUCGCAUCCAUAGCGACAAAAUUCCUAAACGAACAGAUUAACAAACAUUGUCCUACAAAGAUCAUUAUUUGGAGCGAUGGAUGUUGCUACCAGAAUAGAAACAUCAAGCUAUCCAAUGCCUUACUCGACAUUUCCAAAAAGAGUUCAGUUACGAUAGAGCAGAAAUAUCUGGAGGUAGGACAUACUCAAAUGGAGGUAGACUCUGUACACAGUCUAAUAGAACGGAAGUUGAGCCGCAGAAAGGAAAUCUACCUCCCUUCUGAUUAUUUGCGUAUUAUGAGAGAGGCAAGGCAUAGUCCCUCUCCUUUUCAAGUAAUUGAAUUGACACACACAGAUUUUUAUUAAUUUGGAUCAAAGUAUUAUUCUAGCAUAAGGCCCGGCCGUAAAGCAGGAGACCCCAUGGUGACCGAUAUCUGUGCCCUUCAAUAUAAUCCAAGUGGAACAAUUUUGUACAAACUGCAAUUCUCAGAUACCUGGGUCGAUGUGCCUCAUCGUCAACGUUCAGUAAUUACCAACGAUGAACGUUCUCAUCUUUACGAAGGCCCGUGUCCAAUUGAAUCGACCAAAUAUGCCCAUUUACAAGAACUAAAAGAGUUUAUUCCUGCAGACUGUAGAGUAUUUUAUGAAAAUUUGUUGCAUAAAUAAAUGUUUCUUCUGCACUUACAAGAAGAAAAUAAAUCUAUAUUUUUGAAUGUGAUACCUAAGAUGUAACCUUGUAUUACUUAAGAAAAUAAAACAUUCAAAUACCAUACAAUUAGGUGUAUUUUUUAUUGCAAUAGAUCUUAUGUUGAUAAAUGUAACCAAGUGGUAGCAAGCAAAUUAUCUUAUGUCAUAAAAAACGAGUUUCUAAACCCCGGUUAGUUGAUCUAUUACUAUAACAUUAAUAUAACUGGAUCAAUAAAACUUGUCCGCAAAAUGCAGAUCGAAAAUACGAAAGUCCUGAAUUUUACAUCAUUUUUUUCAUCUCCUGAAAAAUCGUCUUUUCUGACAUACGACCUAUUGCAGUAACAGCGACGAAGGGUAAAAUGACUGUGCAUUUCUCGACUAACAACUGAAUUGUCAACCAAUACACGAUCUGCAAUAUUUAAAAUGUUAAAACUCAUAUUCAUUCUUACAAGUACACCUCAAGCAAAUUACAAGUAUUCUAGUAUUAAUAAAGAACUUUAUUCUACACC